GGAAGUCUCGGCGGCUUGAGCCCCGAGUCGGGACGCGAACGUCUCGGACUCUAUCAGCACGGGAGGCGGAGCCGGAAGCGCCUUGGUUUGACCCUCGGAGUCCCUUUGUUUUCCGAGGGGCAGCUGUCUUCGCCCCACUGCUAGUCCCGGGUUACCCGGAGGCCAGGGCCCCCCCCAGUCAGGGCGGGGCGGCGCAGCACCAACUUUAGAGCCGGAAGUAGGCGUCCUCUUCUCCACUCCGCCAUGGAGCCCACCGUGCCCUCCCUUACCGAGGAAGACCUGACAGAAGUGAAGAAGGACGCUUUAGAAAAUUUGCGUGUUUACCUGUGUGAGAAAAUCAUAGCUGAGAGACAUUUUGAUCACCUACGUGCAAAAAAAAUCCUCAGUAGAGAAGACACAGAAGAAAUUUCUUGCCGCACGUCAAGUAGAAAAAGAGCUGGAAAACUGUUAGACUACUUACAAGAAAACCCUAAAGGACUAGACACCCUUGUUGAAUCUAUUCGACGCGAGAAAACACAGAACUUCCUGAUACAGAAAAUUACAGAUGAAGUACUGAAGCUCAGAAAUAUGAAACUAGAAUAUCUCAAAGGUCUACAGUGCAGCAGCUGUGAGCCUUUUCCUGAUGGAGCCACAAACAACCUGGCUAGAUCAAAUUCAGAUGAGAGUAAUUUUUCUGAGAAACGUAGAGCAUCCAUCGCCACAUACCAUCCAGAAGGAGAAUCCAGCACAGCUCCCUUUUUUUCUACUGAUUCUUCUCUGAAUUUGCCUGUCCUGGAAGUCGGCAGAACUGAAAACACUACCUUCUCUUCAACCACACUUCCUAGACCUGGGGACCCUGGGGCACCUCCUUUGCCACCAGAGCUGCAGUUAGAAGAUGGAGGAACUUGUGGAAACUCUAGUGAGCUGUUUCUCCCUUUACGAUCACGUACUGUGUCACGGCAGUGACAUUUGUCGGCCUUUUGAUUUUUUUUACCUAGUGACAAAAAAUAUUUUAAACAAUGUAAUCUUUUUGUAAACCUGCUAUAUUGAUUUUCUUACAUUUGAUAGCUGUCUUUUAAAAUACAAUGUAAACAUAGUUUGUAAAUAUAAUUUUUGCUUUUAGGGAUACCUGAAUGUAAAUUGCAUUGUUCAUGUACUUUUCAGUACUUUUCUUUUCUUUAAGUAUGUUACUAUUUUUAAUUUUUUUAUGUUGCAAGACUAAUUUUAACAGGGAACAUUUCUUUAUCUGAGGAUACCUUUUUGGGGAUGCUGGACCUGGGAUUUAACCUCAGGGCCUAGACACUGUCCCUGAGCUUCUUUUGCUCAAGGCUAGUGCUCUACUACGUAAGCCAAAGCUCCACU